GUCUGACUCAUCGAAAGGCUCAUUUCUCCAUCCUACUUGCGCUUGCGCUGUCUUACAAUACAGCGGUAACAACUUCAUCUGAGGGAAAUGGCGGCCCCUCCUAAACAUGGAUUUGCAGAAGUCAGCUCCGCCCUGAGCAACUGCUGUUGUGGUUUUGAGAUGGCCAGGGUGUCGGAGGCCAAAAUGCCCGUGGGAACCAUUCUCCACUACAAUGGAGACGAGACGGUGAAGGUGACGCCGGACAUCUUCAAAACCUUCGUUCGUGAAGAGAUGUCCUGUGGAUACGUAGGAACAUAGAGUGCCUUCUUCAGCAUGCCUUUGAUCCUCUUGCCCUCACGAUCCACCACCGUCACCUUGGCAUCACCUCUCUUCAGCACCACACCAUUUGUUCUCGUGACAUCAGCCAGUUUAACUGUGAGAUCAUUGGGCUGGAAUGAGUCAUCAAACCUUUGGAACUUCUCUAUCUCCAUUAUUCUAUGCAAACUUGCUCCAGUGUUGACCGUGAGUCCCCUUUGCUUCAGGCCAACAAGUUGAUAUUAACUCACUUUGAAUGCGUAUGACUGUUUCUCACAGUUGUUAUCUGCUGCUUGUUUCACAUUGUCCCUCUUUUUUCGUCGACAGGAUGCAUCUUUGUGUGUUGAGCUUUUACAAUAUCCACACCAAUGUGUCAGUCUUCUCUGGUACUCAUUUGGACACAUAUUGACCUUAUGUCCCUGUUUGCCACAUGUGUAACGUGAUAUCUUGAGAUGUGUUUCUUUCUCUGGCUCUCCAAUCUGAGACAGGUGCUGCAACCUUCAAGAUGUUUUCCUCGGAACCAGUGCGAAACUUUUCUGCGUCCUCAAAACGUCUUGGGUUUGUUUUGAAGUCGGCAAAAGUUAAAUUAUCAUCUCCUUGAGUGACACGGAUGGAAAAUAGUUUAUAAGCCUCAGGUAGCCCUUUCAACACCAUGGCAAUUAAGAGUCUAUCACUGAGUGUUUCGUUAGCAUUUCUUACUGCUGUUAUUGCUGUCUCAGCCCGAAUAAUAUAGUCCGUGACUCUCUCACUCGCAACUUUCUGCAGGGAUGUUAAUCAGUGUACAGGCUUACAGUGGAGAAAAUAAGUAUUUGAACACCCUGCUAUAUUGCAAGUUCUCCCACUUGGAAAUCAUGGAGGGGUCUGAAAUUUUCAUCGUAGGUGCAUGUCCACUGUGAGAGACAAUCUAAAAAGAAAAAUCCAGAAAUCACAAUGUAUGAUUUUUUUAUGAUUUUUUUGUGUGAUACAGCUGCAAAUAAGUAUUUGAACACCUGUCUAUCAGCUAGAAUUCUGACCCUCAAAGACCUGUUAGUCUGCCUUUAAAAGCCCACCUCCACUCCAUGUAUUAUCCUGAAUCAGAUGCACCUGCGUGAGGUCGUUAGCUGCAUAAAGACACCUGUCCACCCCAUAAAAUCAGUAAGACUCAAACCUGUAACAUGGCCAAGACCAAAGAGCUGUCCAAAGACACCAGAGACACAAUUGUACAACUCCACAAGGCUGGAAAGGGCUACGGAGAAAUUGCUAAGCAACUUGGUGAAAAAAGGUCCACUGUUGGAGCAAUCAUUAGACAAUGGAAGAAGCUAAACAUGAUGGUCAUUCUCAAUUGGAGUGGAGCCCCAUGCAAGAUAUCACCUUGUGGGGUCUCAAUGAUCCUUAGAAAGGUGAUGAAUCAGCCCAGGACUACACGACAGGACUUGGUCAAUGACCUGAAAAGAGCUGGGACCACCGUUUCCAAGGUGACUUGGUAAUACACUAGGACGUCAGGGUUUGAAAUCAUGCAUGGCAUGGAACAUGCAAAUUCCACACCCGGGUGCUCAUAACUCCACUUUAAAACUGGGCCGUCGUGCCUCAUAAAGUAUGUUGUUGCUUAGACAGUACCGGCACGAGAGGCUAUAGCUAAGCAGCUAAUAACCAGUAAUGGUUAGAUGCGUGCAAAUGUCUCCGGCUGAUGAACGAGCCUCAACUGUGACAACCACUGGUUUAUCCUGUCAGGUUGAGACCACGGGAGGUUAAAGAAGGACAAAUUUGGGUGCGUUUUCUCAGUUUUGUUGCAGUUUGGUGCACAACACGACGGCAUCUUGGCUUAGCUAGAACCAAUGGUCUGUGAUGCGAAGUCAAGGAUGUUAGUACAUAUCCAGAUUUUGCUCAGAUUUCAAAAAUGUUCUUUAUUUACAAUUUUUUUUCAAUUAAUGUCCAAAAUAUUUGUAAUAAUACUACUUCACAGUGGAGGGUUUAUUGUACAUAUGAAUUUUGGUCAAAGUCUUCCUUUUAAAGACCCUCGAAAUGACAUUUUGGCUAGGCACGCAAAUGAUCAAAGAUACAUGCAAAAGAUGAUUUUUAACCACAACCAUGACAAUGACCACUUUUGACUUGCAGUCUGGAACAAAACAUUGGCAGAAUAUCUUCCACUUUGAAAUAUCCGAUUAUUAUUUUUUUUCCAUUGGUCUUUGAAGUCAAAAGCCUUUUCAUUCACACGUCUACGCUGCCACAUCUGACGCGACAUCUGCACUAGCACUACCGAGCUGAUAUAAAAAUGACUUGCAAUACAUACUGCAAUACAUCAUCUGCCACACUAGUCAUUUAGGAAAUGACUAACACCUACAUAUGGCCCUUUUUUUUCAGGACUUUUAAAUAAUAAUAGGGGUGUCACUGCUUUCCACAAUGCAGGAAUAACGCAAAUUAACCAAGAAUGCAAAGUUUAGGAAAGGAAUUGUGAAAAUAAUACUGUGCAUGGUGCAAUGGUUUUGCUACUGUGCAGUGGUCACAUUGCGCAGGCAUGAGCUUGAAAGAGUCCCAAGCAUUUGUUAACGUUGCCACAAAAGCAUACACGUCUUUCUUUGAAGGUGAAGAGUCCCAUUUUAUUUUGAGAGGGGGGUGGUGUUCACCCAAUAUUUAUUGAAGCGCCUGCUCAUAUAUUUGUGUUAUUUAUAAUGAAAUUUUAACGGCAUGCUGAGAAGGGUUAGUGAGUCAAAACUUCAUUUUUUUGCACAAUACACAGUUGUGUGCUAUGUGCCCCUUUGAUGCGGAAUUGUGGGGAUUUUCCUCGAGAUGUCCACAACAACAACAACAACAUCCCACACAAGCGCACAGACAACCAGAUGGUAUUACCAGCACUUGGCAAAGCACAAAAACAUCACGUCGAUGACGUUUGCCUUGUGCCUUUUCGAAAGAUUAUUAAAAGCCAUCAAAGGCAAACAUCCUUGGAUCGGUACUUUACAAAAUGUUCAACAACCGCUGCUCCUCCGUCCUCCACCACGCCUUUCGCUUGUCACUUUGCCCAACCCCUAAGGUAAAUGAACAUCAUUUUUAUGGGGUGGAACAGAUUAGGCUAUUUCCAUGUAAAAAGAGCUUCUAGUCACACGAAAAAAAUCUCGUUACGAAACGACUUACGAAACGAAUUUCGAGGUGGUACGAUGUAUAUAAUGUAUAACGUGAUGAACAGAAAGAACACCAACUGUCCCUCAAGAAAGAAUUGACACCUUUAUGCAGCUCAUUCAAAAUGCUGCAGCUCGCGUUCUGACCAAAACAAAGCGGUCAGAGCAUAUAACGCCAAUUCUAAAGUCCUUGCACCGGCUUCCAAUCAGCUUUAGAAUGGAUUUUAAAGUUCUGCCACUGGUCUAUAAAUCACUAAAUGAAUGAUUCUGAUUCUGAAUACAUGAAAGAAAUGCUUAUGGAAUACGAACCCAGUAGAGCUCUGUGAUCGACUGACUCAGGUCAAACAGUGAAGAGUCCAAAACAAGCACGGUGAAGCAGCAUUUAGCUAUUAUAAGUUUCUUUCGGCUAGUCCCUUUCGGGGUCGCCACAGCGUGUCAUCUCAGAUGAACGCAUAUAUAUGUUUGGCACAAUUUUUACGCCGGAUGCCCUUCAUGACGCAACCCUUCUCGGAGUGGAGGCCCCAGCUAUUAUGCUGCUCACAAAUGGAAGAAGUUGCCAACAGAGGUGAGGUCAGCCCCAACUGAAUGUUUUUAAAUCCAGGUUGAAAACUCUUCUUUUUUUCUCAUGCAUUUUAGAAUAUAUCCACUUUUUGAUCAUAUUACUUGUACUGUAUGCGGUUUUAAUUGUUGUUUUUUUAACUAUGGUGUUUGUCAUUUUUAUUGUUUUUAUGCCAUUUUAAAUGUUUUAUCUCUUUGUUUUCAAAUGCCUUUAAUCAUGUAAAGGACAUUGAGUUACCUCGUGUAUGAAAUGCGCUAUACAAAUAAAUUUGCUUCGCUUUUGCUUUGCUUUAUUUUGAAAAGGAACAAUGACCGUGAGUGUGACAUCACGGCUGAUAGGUAUCAAAAGUUUAGGGGAGGCAGAAUCUUAAAGGAAAGACACACAGGACAUGUUCACGUGAGUAUUUUGAUCAACAUUUUAUUGUACAAUUUUUUUUUAAUGAACUUUCUAUGUAAUUUAUUGGUAAGUCCAAUUAUUGAUCUUAACCAAAGUUUAACGUUAGUUUCAUGUUAACAAAUUUUGUCUGUAAUUUAUUGUAAGCUUGGUCUGAUAUCUAAACAUAUGCAAUUUAGUUUUAUAUUUCAUUAGUUUGUUCAUUAUAUGGAAUGCAUGUAAUCAUUUACUGCUUUUUUUUCUUCCCUCUGAAAAAUACGCCUUUGUGUGUGUGUGUAUGUGUGCAUACAUGCGCGCCCGCGUGUGUGUGUGUGUGUGUGUGUGUGUGUGUGUGUAAGAGAGAGAAAAAGCGAGAGAGAGUUGUCAGGUGAUGAAACCAAGGUAAAUAAGUGUUUCAAUUUUUGUCCAACUGGGUUAUGGCAGUGUGGCAAGACGGAAGCCCGUGAGCAGUUCACGAUCGAUUCCCUCUGUGCGGAAUGUGUGACUUAACACUUCAGGGAAAAUUUCAUGCUUUUACACACAGCUGCACUGUAGUGAUAGAAAUGAUUUAAAAUGGUGGCACUCUGGUGCUGACUCCUAUUUAACACAAGGUAGGGUAUCAUUAUUUCAUUGUGAAAACAGCUACAUCUUCAGUUAUAAUGGGGUCCUCACCCUUAUGGAACCACAUUUUCACUGUUGUGGAGUUGGAUUUGGUCUGAGUUCCGAUUCCACAAAUUAAUGUGCUAUAUUCAAAAUGACUAAAUGAUGGUUCAGUGAUUCAUUUCCCUUCUCGCACUCACUGGACAAUAAUAAAUCUUUGAAAUUUAUGUUGGACUAAAAAAAAUGAGGGGGUGAAACAUCAUAAACCUUCCACACAACAAUCAAAAGGCUUUUUUUAUACUAGAUCAUCCAUCAAGCCUGGAAACUGUGUAUAUGAUGGAUUUAACUUCUUGUUUGACAAUAUUGAAAGUGCUCCCACUCAAUUAGCUCAAUUAUUUACCCUAUGUUUGACUUUUUUUAAUUUGGUCCUCUGCAUAUUUGUUUUUAUCAUGUGUGUUUGAGCAGCAAAUGUGUGUGCUCAUCUAGAUAUUGCCAAAUGUGGAUAUAGAAACCAUUCGAUUGUCAGGGUUAUCGGAUUUCUAAGGGUGACUAAACACCUUGGGGGUAGGAGAUGGGGUAUUUUAUUUUGAAAAAAAGUAGAAUGAAAUAAGGCAAAGAUUAUUGAAAAAUAUUUUUUCUCCAAAUGUGUGGGAGGAGGUGUGGUUAUAAUUUAAAAAUGAAUGUCAUGAAAAAAAUCUAUUACCAAAAAUGAAGUUGAAUCUGCCAUUCUCAGAAACAUUUAACUUAAAAAACAUUAAAACUUUUGCGUCAUGAGCCGGAGAGGAAAUGAAAAAAAUUAAUAAAGACUGACAUUUUAACUGUGAUAACGUGGGCCUAAUUUAUCCCCAAAAUUUUUUCUUUUUUUUUAAUUUUACAAUUUCAUACUUACAGUAUUAAUGUGUACAUGUCGUUUUGGUAGCCAACCAAGUGACGAUGAGAUGUCCUAGAAUCUUCCAUCUGAAGCAAGCCAUCCUGCUGAGUGCCCUGGUGGCCGCUUUCGGUUUGCUCUCCCUGAUCAACGUGGGUCUCAAGGUGGGCCGUAACCCUUCCUCCAACAGCCUUGGCCGCUACGCCGGGCUGGACUACGGGAACGACGAUGACGAAAGCCCGGAGAAGGCGUGCAACUGCUCGGCCGUCUUCCGGGGCGAGCGGGAGGCACUGGAGCAGACCAAGUUGUUGACCCUCACCAAAGAUUUCCGGAAGCGUGUCAGAGUUCCAGAUCAGUUUUAUGUGAACGCCAGGAAAGACUGCAAGAAAUUCAAGACAAGCAGGAAGUAUCUCACAUUCCCACUUAGCAAGGAGGAGGAGGACUUCCCCUUAGCGUACUCCAUGGUUGUGCAUCAAAAGGUGCAAAAUUUUGAACGUCUCCUGCGGGCCAUCUACGCUCCUCAGAAUGUCUACUGCGUCCACGUGGACUUGAAGGCCUCACCGUCUUUCCUAUCUGCAGUCUCGGCCGUGGUCGCUUGCUUCCCUAAUGUGUUCCUGGCCGGCCGGCGUGAAAAGGUGGUCUACGCUGGCUGGUCCCGGGUGCAGGCUGACCUCAACUGCAUGGCUGAGUUGCUGAGCACAGGCGUGGCAUGGAAGUACUUCAUCAACCUCUGUGGCCAGGACUUCCCCUUAAAAACCAACCUGGAGAUGGUGCGGGCACUGCAGGCACUCAACGGUGGCAACAGCAUGGAAUCGGAGAAGAUGCCCACGGAGAAGAUGUGGAGGGUGCAGACGGUUCACCACGAAGUGGAUGGGCAAAUCCAGGCGAUGGGAACGGUAAAGGAGUCCCCACCCUUCCAACUUCCCAUCCUGUCAGGGAACGCCUACAUCGUGGUGACGCGGGGCUUCGUCCGAAGUGUUCUAGAGGACCAGCGCGUCCUGGCCCUCAUAGACUGGGCCAAGGACACGUACAGCCCUGACGAAAUGCUGUGGGCAAGCAUUCAGCGUAUGCCCGGCGUGCCCGGCUCCACGUGGGCCAGCUCCAAGUACGACAUGAGCGACGUCAACGCCCUGGCCAAGCUCGUCAAGUGGCAGUGGCACGAGGGCGAGCGGUCGUCAGCUCACGCUGUGUACCCGCCGUGCCGCGGCGUCCACAUUAGGGCGGUAUGCGUUUAUGGGGCGGGUGACCUACAGUGGCUAGUGAAGCACCGGCACCUCUUUGCCAACAAGUUUGACACAGACGAGGACCCCGUCGCAAUCUACUGUCUUGAAAAGUACCUCCGACAAAGAGCGCUGGCCCAGCUUCAGUGAAUGUCUGGUGGAGUGCUUUCAUGUGAAGGAAGCAGAGAACUCAAAACAAAAUACACUGGACACUGGAUCACAGAAUAUAUUGUUGGUGGACCAGACAGGAACACAUCCUGUCGGUGUAAAAAUAGUUUAAGAGUCACGUGUAGGAAAUGACCAGAUUAAAAAAAAAACAACAUUCAAUUCUACACUGGCCUGUAAAAGGAAAACAGACAAUGAAUAACAAUGGAUAGAAUAUUGAUGCACCAGCCAGGAACACGUAGCACGAGUUGUAUGAGUAAUAUAGGAGGUUGCUGUCACGACAAAAUCAAACAAAUCACGAUGACACGACAGUGGUUAUAAUAAAAAAUCUGAAAAUGUAUUUACAGUCCAGAAUAUUGGUGGACCACACAGAAUCCUUUCAUCCUCUGUUGAAAGUAUGUAGGCACUGUAUGUAUACGUGUAGGACAUGGCCACUAUAAAUCAAGUUGAUGCUAGCCUGUCUUGCAAGAAGGAAAAUACACAUUAGACCAGGAGGAUUCAACAAUUUUGGUGGACAAGCCAGGAACGUGUCCUGUUUGGCGUAUGAAUAAUAACGGCGAUGAGAUGAACCCUGCUGAUGUCACACCAACUUGUCUUAAGUAAAACAGACAGCAGUUCAGUCUAUAACAUUGGCAGAAAAGCCAGGAACUGCUUAUAUUUUGUUGGCCAUUUGAAAAGUAGGACAGAUUGUUGUCACAUCAAGGACACAACCAAUACAAAUCAUCAUGAUAACCAUGUUCAGUUUGAUUUUCACUUGUCUUAUUGGUAAAUAUAUUGAGUGAAACGGAGAAACCUUAGACAAGAAUCGAGUAUUUUCUUUAUUUUACAGUAAGAAGACAAAGGCAGAAUCACAAACAAGAGUUUUGAACGAACACAAGCCUGAACUUCCUCACCAAUUUGUUACUAAUCCUCCCACGCACGCACACACACACACACACACACACACACACAAGCAGAAGCCAUGCACAAGUAACUGUAGACACAUAUAAGUGCUAUUUUGCUACCUUUAAGGACCUUCACAGUGAUCAAAUGUAUUGGUAGAUUCUAAAAAAGUUUUGAGAUUGAUUCUUAACUGACGGAGACCAGGUCCAAGUCAGGGGUUGGACACAAACAUAUCUUACCCAAGCGUCAAUAUCCGUAUUAUGGCUGUUGGGCCAUUAUCGCUCCCUCAAUGCAUCGUGAGACUGUCGUUAUCAUGAUUUGAAAUUUUUUUUUACAAAAGCAUGCUAUAUAAAACUGGACUUGAAGUACUGUAUCUACAAUUCCAUUUCAGAUAUCCCAAAUUCAUAUCCUCGAUAUUUCGCCAUCUACCCAUCUUCUUAUCCUCACAAGCGUUGCGGGCCGUGCUGGAGCCUAUCCCAGCUGUCAAUGGGCAGGAGGCAGGGCUGACCCUGAACUGGUUGACAGCCAAUCGCAGGGCACAUAGAGACAAACAGCCACACUCACAAUCACACCUAUGGGCAAUUUAGAGUCAUCAAUUAACCUACCACGCAUCUUUUUGGGGUGUGGGAGGAAGCCAAAGUACCUGGAGAAAACCCACAUAGGCACAUGGAGAAAAUGCAAACGCCACACAAGCGAGGCUGGGAUUUGAAUCCUGGUCUUUAGAACUGUGAGGCAGACACUAACCACUCCUACACCGCACCAUCCGAUAUCUGCCACUGAAUUGUAAAUGCUUGUAAUCAAAAACCCCAGAGACAAGGAUCACAAAAGUCAUGUUAUUUGUCCUUUACGAAAUGAUCGGACAUGCCGAUUGUGGGUAGGACGAAUGUAGUUAAAGAUAUCUGCGAUAUUCUUUUUGGAGGAGCAAAAAGAUAUCUGCAAAACAUAUCCAGUCUAGGCGUUGCAGUAGAGUUUGCAGUAGUAGUAUUUUAGUAUUUUUUGGGGGGAUGAGCUUCCCUUAUUUCGUGGCAUACUGUAGAUAUCAUAAUGUACACCAGAUUUUUUUCCAAUAUCGUGCAAUUACAACAUUGUUCUACACCGCGUUCUAUCAGGAAAAAUAAAAAAAUGUAUAUUACACAAGCAGCAAAUCUUGAUAUAAUACAGUAGCUGUCUGGUUUUCUUUUACAUUCCAUUAAUGUAUCAAAGAUGAUUUUCUUCCAAUAUAUCACACAAUUGCUGUAUCGCGAUAUCGGUAAUAUAUUGCAAUGAUGUGGAAUUGCGAGGAAGCUUUUUUUUCCCCAGUCAGCGCCAUAUCAGUCGUCCUACCACCCCUCGUUUAUACCAAUAUUUGGUCAUGGACUUGAAUUAGGGUCUCCAUAACUACAGUCCAGAGAUUUAUUAUGUCCAUGUGGAUUUUUUGUAAACUCAGACAUUGUUGAAUGACUGCUAAUGUAUGAGAGCUUAUUUAUGGUACAAAAAGAAAACCGCUACUAAUACAGCAUAUUCAAAGGAAAGAUGUAUGAGUGAAGAGGCAAAUAUUAAAUGGAUUUUAAUGUAAACAUCAUUUAGUGCAGUCUUUAGAGCACCUUCCCUAUGUUAUACACAGUGAUGUGGUGUUUUUUUUUUUUUUAAAUGCCUCACCGCAACCUCCUCCCCUCUGCUGGGAAGAUUGGCAAUCUCACAUGAAGCUCCAUUUUUAUCAAAUGGCCAAACUCCUUUUUCUGUCAUACCUGACAAACAGGAAGAAACAAUGAUUAAAAACAGAUAUCAAGACGCAAAGAGUAUCAUGUUACACAAGCACAUUGACGCAAAGCCCCUAUGUGGUGCUCAAGCACCCGCCUUUGCGCCCUGGGCAAAAAAAAAGUGCCCUUUUUGCUGCAGGCUGAUUUUGUCUUCAUUUAAUCAAUAAAAAAAAUUAUAAAAUUUAGAUGAAAACAUCUGUCAACAGUUCCAGCAAACUUGUUAUGUCUGAUGGGCAUUUAUUUGAUUCCACUGCUAAUUUACGGCCAUAAUAAUUGCAGUGGCAGGGUGGAUCAGCUGCAAAGCCUUGGCCUCACAGUUCUGAGGACUGGGAUUCAAUCCCCCCCCCAUCUGUGUGGAGUUUGCAUGUUCUCUCCCACAUCCCAAAAACAUGCGACAUUAAUUGGACGAUACACUUAGCCUAAUUAAUAUAUAAUAUUGGAAGAAAUUUUUCCAUUUACACAAAAUUCACUCACUCAUCGCAACACUGGUAUUAUGUCAGUUUUUAAAUGAUUGAAUUUUUUGCAUUUUUCCUUUCUUUAUAUAAACAGACGUAUGAAGAUUGUUUUCUUUGUCACAAUUUAGUGAUUAUCACUGUAUCAUGAGACUGUCCUUAUUGUCAUGUUUUUAUAAUUGUUUGGAAUUGUUUUAGAUAAAUUACUAUUACCGUG